AUGAGUUCGAAUGAUAUAACUGAUCCAGAGUUUUAUAGUCUACGAGACGUCUUAUUACUAUCUCAAUUAUUACACACAAACCACAUAGGUACUUUAGAAACACUAAAAUCAUCAAAUGAAGACAAAUUGUAUGAUAUAAUUCAAAAGUUCACUAGUCAUAAAUCAUUUAAAUUAGAGAAUAAAGUUGUUAAAUUGAGUACUAUAGAACAAUUAGUAGAGUUGUAUUCGAAUUUAUUCAAAUAUUAUGAUGUCGAUACAACUGCAGAUUUAGCAAAUUAUGUAUAUUAUAAAAGAAUUGAAGAAUUGGAAAAUAUUAUAGAAGACAAAAAGAGUGAAUUUCAACAAGUUUUGAAUGAAUAG